AUAGCUAUUUAUAAGUCAUGGCUAUAUUUAUUAAUGUAUAUAGUUAUGGAUGGUUUAUCCUCCAUAUACUGAAUCCUAUUUUCAAAGAGCAAUAGCAGUGGAUUAAUACUCUAUCUGCUGAUAUCUUGCAAACAGAGUUUUCCUGUGUGCAUAUUUUGGUUGUGGUUAAAACUUCUGGAGGAGGGAUAAUCUCAUGGAAAUGUCAAACUGUGACCUUUAGUUUGGGGCUCCUGUGCCGUUCUCUCACUGAGUCCCUUGCACAGGGGCAGAGUACUAUUAUCUAGGUUUGUUAUGCUUUCUAUGCUGUGUUGAGGUGUUUUAUCUGUGAGGAAUAUUGCAUAAUUUCAAUGUGGAAUAAGCUCAAAGAGGCGCUCAGGACAAGGACUUGGAGAAGGCGAACCACAUCAAGGCCAACUUUUGAAGAUGUUGACUAUGAGAGAGUACCUUCCCAAUUUGAAGAUGAUGAUGAAAUGCUUGAGGACCAGUUCAUUCAUCCAACCGUAAAAAUACCUUGGUCGGCUGUUCUUUUUGCAUCAGUCUUGAGUAUAGGCGGAGCUGUGUUAUUGGGAACCGCUAUCCUCCUCCUCACUGGUUACAUCGAUCCCAAGUAUGUUGACAGAACAUGGCCAAUGCUUGUAUUGGGAUUUAUAAUGUUCAUUCCAGGAGUGUACCAUUUGCGAAUUGCCGUCUAUGCAUUUCUAAAUCAUCCUGGGUAUUCCUUUGAUGAUAUCCCAGACUUUGACUGAAAGUUGCCUCUGAUCUCAAUUAAACCAAUCUGAAUCGUGCACAGAA